AUGGCUACUGACUCCUUCGACAAACCGACUGACUCUCGGUCAGAAGACCCUGAGAAAAUUCUUGAUUCUAAGGAUCCGCUUGCUGCUGCAGGAUUUGAAGAUCCCGAUGCAGGAUUGAGUGAUGCAGAAAGGGCAGAAAUUGAUCGCAAGCUACUAUGGCAACUUGAUAUGCGCCUCGUGCCGUGGCUCAGUCUACUUUAUCUCGUUUCGUUCCUUGAUCGGACAAAUAUCGGCAAUGCGAAGCUCGUCGGUCUUCAAACAGACCUGCACAUGACCAAUGCCCAAUACAAUGCAACACUCACUAUAUUUUUCGUCUCGUACUCCGUCUUCGAGCCUCUGACUAACGUCCUGCUCAAGCGGUUGCGGCCGAGUGUCUUUAUCCCACUUAUAAUGAUGGCCUGGGGACUCUGCAUGACAUUCAUGGGCUUCGUAACAAACUACAGCGGUCUAAUGGCAGUCCGUUGGUUUUUGGGUCUAUCCGAAGCCGGCCUAUUCCCCGGCGUGGGCUAUUUCCUCUCAUGCUGGUACAAGCGCUCAGAAUUCGGCGUGCGAAUGGCGAUCUUCUUCUCCGCUGCCGCGCUCGCAGGUUCCUUCGGUGGACUGCUAGCAGCAGCAAUUGCCAAGAUGGACGGCGUGGGCGGUAAGCCCGGCUGGUCAUGGAUUUUCAUUCUGGAAGGUCUUCUUACGUUCGUCAUUGGCGUUGCCUCGUUUUGGUGUGUCUAUGACUUCCCUGACCAGGCGUCGUUCUUGUCCGACAUCGAUCGCAAGCGUGUGCUUAGGAGACUCGCUAUGGAUCAGCAGUCGAGUGCUGAGCAUGAGGAGUUUAAGAUGGAUUACUUCUGGGCCAGUUUGAAGGAUUGGAAGACUUACACUGGCGCUGUUAUUUAUAUGGGGGCUGAUGGGUCGCUUUAUGCGUUUUCGCUUUUCGUGCCUACUAUUAUCAGUGAACUAUUGUUGAGUGUACCGCCAUAUGCUGCUGCCGCCGUCUUGACAGUGACAGUUGGCUUCAUUGCAGAUCGCACAAGACAGCGUGGUCUCUGCAAUAUCGCCGUCUCCCUCCUUGGUAUGGUUGGGUUCGCUAUGCUGAUAGGCUGCGAGUCUGCCGGUGCCCGCUACGCAGGAACCUUCCUCGGAGCCAUGGGCAUCUACCCUGCCAUUGCGAACACGAUCUCAUGGACUAGUAACAACACCGAAGGUGUAUACAAACGAGGUGUCUCUCUCGGAUUUAUCAUCGGUUGGGGAAAUCUCAACGGUAUUGUCUCAUCUAACAUCUAUCGCACUGAGGAUAAGCCGAGAUUCUACCCCGGUCACGGAGUAGUACUCGGAUACCUAGUCUGUUUCCUCUUUGGUGGAUCCGUGGUGCAGUACCUCCUACUGCGCCGUGAAAAUGGCAAACGCAGACGCGGCGAACGCGACCACUGGAUCCAGGGCUUGGACCAUAAUCAGAUCGAGUUGUUGGGCGACAAGAGGCCGGAUUUCAUCUACACGCUGUGA